AUGAACUAUACAAGUGAUCUGAGGAAGUGUAGGAUAAUUGUUUUUCAUAAAUUAUGUUUCUUUGUUUUUGUUUCUUUGAGACAAGAGUCUUCUGUAACCCUGCUGGCCUUGGAAGCUGGUGAACUUGAACUUCAGAUCCUCCUGCCCGCGGUAGAUUUAUUUCUUCUCUGGGUUUUCCUUAUUUUAUAUUCUGCUCUUUCCAUUCCCACCAGCACAUACAACCUUCUGGUCUGUAAUUCCUGUGGGGUUCCUGUUGGCUUCCAUCUGUACUCCACCCAUGCUGCUCUGGCUGCCCUCAGAGGUCACUUCUGCCUUUCCUGUGACAAAAUGGUGUGUUAUCUCUUAAAAACAAAGACCAUAGUAAAUGCAUCUGAGAUGGAUAUUCACAAUGUGCCUCUACCAGAAAAGAUUGCAGAGCUGAAAGAGAAGAUAAUGGUAAUGCAUGAUCGUUUAAAUUCACUGAUAGAGAUUCUGAAGGAAGUGACUCCUGAUCAAUCUAAUCAAGAAAAGUGAAGAAACAAGGUAU